CUCUGAGCUCUCGUUGCCAGAUCUUGGCACAAACUGCUCGACUUCCUCUUCUGUAGCAGUCAGAAGAAUUUCCGCCACUGAUUCAUGUAGCGAGGUUUUUUAACACUGUUGGACAUCCACAAGGCCUGGCUUCUCGUGGCUUACAGCUCGUUUUUGUCCUAUCCUGUGAGUCAAAGAUAACCGAAGCGAGGGGAAGUUGAACGGACCUUAGAGCUGCCUGAAAAUGCGACGGGGGACGCUCUUCGCGCUCCUUCUGUUGUACACAACAGGGGCUACUGCUCAGAAUUGCAAUUUUGAGACUGGCUUAUGCAAUUACAAACAAGACAAGUCUGACAAGUUUGACUGGAGAUGGUAUCAUGGACGAACAAGAUCUUUUGGCACAGGACCAACUUCAGAUCACACACCGAAAUCCAACACAAUUUUAACCAUCGGUGGUAAUUCCAGUGGUGCAGCAUGUGUAUUCCCAUUUACUUAUCGUGGGAAAAGAUAUACCAAAUGUACAGAUGCUCGUCAUACCCUGCUUUGGUGUGCAACAACAAAGAAUUUUUCCGCAGAUGGCAAAUGGGGAAACUGUGUCCCAAACAGUGUAUAUUCCCUUGGCUGUUAUCUGACAUAUCCAAGACGCCCUAUUUUUAACUACGCACUGACGACAAUAACCCGAGGAUCAGAUGUUAUACAGCAGUGUAUAAAUAGAGCAAACAAAAUCACCAACCGAAACUUCCAAGGCAUUGGUAUAAUGAAAAUUGGCUCUGGAUAUAAAUGUAUGGCUGAUGCUCAAGCUGACCGGCUAUACAAUAGAUAUGGAAAGGCUACUUGUGGCUCAGAUGGGUUCGGUUCUUUUAAUACUAAUGGGACAGCUGUGUUCAUGUUUACAGCUCGAUAUGUGUACAUUGAGGCAAGCAGGCGCAGAAAUGGAGAUUUUGCACGUCUUUCCAGCCCGAUGGUCUCUGUAUCGCAGCAAAGCACAAAGUGUCUGACGUUUUGGUAUCAUAUGUACGGUCCUCAUGUUGCCACGUUGAAUGUGUAUGCCAACACGACUACUCUAGGAGCUGCGAUCUGGUCCAAAAAUGGAACACAGGGCAAUGCGUGGAAACAAGCAAGUGUAGAUAUUCAAAUGAGUCAAUCAUAUUUGCUGGUGUUUGAGGGAAUCACAGGAUCCAGCUAUAGAGGAGACAUUUCUGUGGAUGAUAUAGAGCUGAAAGAUGGAUCCUGUGCAUCAUCUGGUGUGUGUGACUUUGAGAAAGAUUCCUGUGGUUUCACUCAGGACCAGACAGACAAAUUUGACUGGGCUCGCAACAAGGGCAAAACACCGACCUCUGGGACUGGUCCAUUAGUAGAUCACACUCUAGGAUCCAGUCUGGGAUAUUACUUGUUGUUUGAAGCAUCUGGGCAUAAUAUUGGUGACAAUGCCAGAAUAAUGAAAUCUUACCCUAAGACGCCCUCCACUGGCAAUUGCCUUACCUUCUGGUACAUGAUGUAUGGUUCAUCUCUUGGAACACUCAAUGUCUAUCAAAAAACAGGAAAUAAUAUUGGAAGUGCUAUCUGGAGUAUUUCAGGUGAUCAAGGUCGUCAAAGGACUUGGCUUAAAGGACAGGUCACCCUUAAUAGCACAACUCAAUUCAGUGUUGUUUUUGAGGGAAUCCGAGGAACUGGUGCCAGAAGCGACAUUGCUAUUGAUGACAUUUCAGUGGCUAAUGGCGCGUGUGCGACUCAUGGGGACUGUAAUUUCCAGACUGACUUCUGCACUUGGAGUAAUAUGCGCGGUGAUCAAUUUGAUUGGAUACGAGGAUCUGGAGGCACACCUAGUUCUUUCACAGGCCCUGACAGAGAUCGCUUGGGUUCCCUAUCAGGUUUCUAUGUCUUCAUUGAAACAUCAAGUCCAAGAAAAACAGGGGACAAAGCCAGACUAGUCAGCCCUCAGUUCAACGGCACAGCUUCCAAAAACUGUUUUACUUUCUGGUACCACAUGAAUGGUAGAACUAUUGGCACACUCAAUCUGUACCAGAAGGUUGGCAGAACUCAAACACUUAUCUGGACUCUGUCAGGAAACAAGGGGAGAUCGUGGCUCAGUGGACAAGUGCCUGUUGGGAAUAUAGCUAAUUACAGGAUAAUUGCUGAGGGUGUUAGAGGAACCAGUUAUACAGGUGACAUAGCCAUUGAUGACUUUAAGUUUCUUAGUGGCAUCAAUUGUCCGCUGACACCACAGAGUGCAGAUCCAAAUGCCCCAACAACUGCUCCUUCAACGACAGCACCAGUAGUUACAACUCCCAUUAUUCCAAAUGUUGGUCUAAACUGCAAUUUUGAAUCAAAUAUAUGUACCUGGAAACAAGAUACAACAGACCAGUUUGACUGGACACGAAAGUUGGGUGCAACAGCUUCAUCAAGCACCGGACCGUCUGUGGAUCACACCACAGGAACUAAUAAAGGUUGGUAUAUUUACAUCGAAGCAUCCUACCCAAGAAAGCCAAAUGACACUGCAAGACUAAUCAGCACAAGUAUUCCUGGAACCACCGCAAGUAAAGGAAAGUGUCUGUCAUUUUGGUAUCACAUGUAUGGAGCAGACAUCAACACCCUCAGUGUCUAUGUUAGGACAGGAGGUGUUCAUGAUACAAAGUUGUGGUCAAAACAAGGGACACAUGCUGACAAAUGGCUCCACGCGUUGGUCACUGUAAACAGCAGGACUCAUUUCCAGAUUGUGAUGUCAGGUUCGGUGGGAAAGAGUUACCAAGGUGACAUUGCAUUGGAUGAUAUUUCAAUGACAUCAGGACCCUGCAAAGUUGAUUCAACAACAUGUACCUUUCAAGACAGUAGUAUUUGUGGCUACACACAAGAUACAAGUGAUUCGAAAAAGUUUGACUGGAUUCGUGGCAGUGGGGCUACAAUAACUCCGAACACAGGUCCAGCUGCAGAUCAUACACUGGGAUCAGCUGCAGGCUUUUACAUGUACGUUGAUGCUUCUUCAAGAAAGCGUGGAGACAAGGCCAGACUAUUGACUCCCCUGAUGCCAAAGACCAGUGGUAAAUGUUUUGAGUUCUGGUAUCACAUGUAUGGCUCGGCAGUGGGUAGUUUCAAGUUGUACAAGAAAACAGGGUCUUCUGUUGGUGUUCGCAUUUGGUCACAAUCUCGUAACCAAGGAGAUGAGUGGCUUGCUGCCCAAGUAAGUGUUUGGAGCCCUUUGCAGGCCUUUAGGCUUUCUUUUGAAGCAACCGUUGGCGGCAGCACAGGAGAUAUAGCCAUUGAUGAUGUUCAAAUAUUCGAUGGAAGAUGUGCCGCUCCAGGAAAUUGUGACUUUGAGAGUGGAACCUGCACCUGGCGAAACACCCGGAAAGAAGAUGACUUUGACUGGUUGCAAGGCAAAGGUAACACAACUUCAUACACUACUGGACCACCUACUGAUCAUACCACAGGCUUAGCCAAUGGAACAUACAUGUUUAUUGAGGCAUCAUCACCCAGGCGACCCAAUGAGAAGGCAAGAUUCAUCAGUCAAUCAUUCACCGCUGUUCCUGUCAAAGGCAAGUGUCUCCAUUUUUGGUAUCACAUGUUUGGUGCAGACAUAGGCACCCUCAAUGUCCUGCAGAAGACAGCACCUGGAAAUAAGUCUGAAAAAAUUAUUUGGAGCUUAAGUGGUCAACAGGGAAACCAAUGGUUAGAAGGAAGAGUUGCACUUAGCAAGAUUCCCAGCAUUAGCUACUGGAUUGUAUUUGAAGGAAUACGUGGCAAUAGUUACCGUGGUGAUAUUGCUAUUGAUGACAUUUUAAUAAAAGAUGGCAGUUGCCCAACACUGCCAGCUAAUGCUGAUCCCAACCCACUCUCAACUACUCCUGUGGUAACAACGCCAUUCACUCUUCCACCCCCUAUACCACCCUCCCUCUACAACUGUGACUUUGAAAAAGGCUUGUGUAACUACACUCAAGAGCAUAUAACAGACGUUUUCAACUGGACACGUCAUCAAGGCGGGACAUACUCUGGUGGCACUGGCCCGACAAUGGAUCAUACCAAACAGCAAGGUGUAGUCGGCGCCAAUGGUCCAGGCUCGCUUCAGCACAUGUUAUCUGCAAGGUGUUUACACAUUUACUUAGGUGGCUUUUCUAAACCCAAGGAAGGCACCAUAAUAGUGACAUAUGAUGGAUGUGGUGAGAAUCGUUUAGAAUUCCAGCUCACUUCUGAUGGCUAUUUAAAAUGGACCAAGUUUAAUAUGUGUGUGAGCCAGAGGAAAGGAUCUGGAGCUAAUGCAAAUGACCUUGUGUUAAUGAACUCUUGCACCGAAAAGUGGACGUUUACAGCUGGUGGUUCUCUGAAACAUAUUCCAACAGGGUGGUGUGUCAUGCCAAGCAAAGGAUCUGCAACAAACAACAACAAAAUUGUCUUGUCAUCAACUUGUGGUACAGACAACCAGAAAUUCAGGUGGCAACCAACUCGUGGAUGGUAUAUUUUUAUAGAGGCAUCAUUUCCAAGACAGCCCAAUGACACUGCAAGAAUCCAUUCACCUGCCAUUGCGUCGAAUCCAUCUCAGCCCAAAUGCCUCUCAUUUUGGUACCACAUGUACGGACCCCACAUAGGACAGCUCAACAUCUACACCAAAGUUGGUGCACAGUUUCUUGGGCCUGUUUGGUCCAAAUCCGGUACACAAGGCAAUCAAUGGUGGAAUGGUCGAAUACUGUUAUCAAACAAAAGCCCAUACCAGAUUGUCUUUGAGGGUGUAAGGGGUGUGAGUUACCAAGGAGACAUCGCUUUAGAUGACAUUAAACUCAGUGAGGGCCAGUGCCCAGCAACAGCAAACUGUGACUUUGAGAGUCCCAUAUUUCAGUUGCAGUUUUGUGGCUGGAAGCAGUAUCCUGGUGAUAACUUUGAUUGGCGUCUUGGGCAGGGUGCAACAUUGUCGAUCAACACAGGACCAUCCAAUGAUCACACUCUGGGGGAUAAAAGAGGGCAUUACCUUUUCAUUGAGACAUCAUCAAUCUGGGCUAAAGACUCGAAAGCCUGGCUUAUUGGUCCAAAAAUCUCUCCUCAAGCUGGAAAGUGUUUUCAGUUCUGGUACCACAUGUAUGGGAGCAGCAUUGGCAAGUUGAAUGUGUACCUUAUGACAACUAGAACUGUUCCAAGCAUCCCUACUUGGUCACGACAGAAGAAUCAAGGGAAUCAGUGGUACAUUGCUCAAGUUUCUAUCACACAAAACAGCUAUGUUAAUGUGUUAUUUGAGGGUGUGCGUGGAGCAAGCUAUACCGGGGACAUAGCCAUUGAUGACUUUAAGCUGAUGGAUGGGCCUUGUAAUCAGCCAGGCUAUUGCGACUUUGAGAAAGAUGACUGGUGUACAUGGACCAAUGCGGAUAGAGAGGACACGUUUGAUUGGUUAGUUGGUAGUGGUGGAACGCAGUCAGCCUAUACAGGGCCUUCUGUUGAUCACACCACAGGACUUGGUAUUGGUAAAUACAUGUUUAUAGAGACAUCUGCUCCGAGAAGACCAGGUGAUAAAGCCAGACUGUAUAGCGAACGCUUUACAGCGACAAGUUUACGUGGAUCUUGUAUCAAGUUUUGGUACCACAUGUAUGGAGCAUCGAUAGGUACUCUUAAUGUUUUAAUCAAGACUGGUGCAGGUAAUCGUUCUGAGGAUAUUGUGUGGACACUAUCUGGGAACCAACAAAAUAAAUGGAAUUUUGGGCAAGCUCCAGUCACAAGUACCAAAAGUGACUAUCAGAUUGUAUUUGAAGGCAUCAGAGGAACGAGUUACCAGGGUGAUAUAGCCAUAGAUGACAUCGCAUUAACAGUUGGUGCCUGUGUAGUUCUUCCACACAAUGCAGUACCCACUCUUCCCCCAACCACACCAAUUAGCACGGCAACCCCCACAGCACCACCCAAAGGGAAAUUUGAUUGCGAUUUUGAAAUUGACUUCUGUUCAUGGACUCAAGAUUCAAGUGACACAUUCAACUGGACGAGACAUCAUGGGAGAACUUCGUCAACAGCCACUGGACCAACUACUGAUCACACUUUAAAAACAGUAAAUGGCACCUAUGCCUAUAUCGAAGCUUCAUACCCUCGGCAGCAGAAUGAUACAGCUCGACUUAUUAGUGCUCUAAUUCCACCCAACACAAGACCUGGUACAUGCGUUUCAUUUUGGUAUCACAUGUUUGGUUUUGAUAUUGAUACACUGAGUGUCUACACAAAGUCUGGAGGUUCACUCGGAUCAGUUGUUUGGCAGAGAAAAGGAAAUCAAGCAGAUAAGUGGAAGUACGGCCAAGUGUUUUUGAGGAUGGUGCUAUCCUAUCAGGUUGUUUUUGAGGGAGUUCGUGGCAAGGGUUACCAUGGAGACAUUGCAUUGGAUGAUAUCGUUAUCAAAGAUGGCUUCUGCCCUCCGCUUAAAGAGUGCGCAUUUGAAGAUAUUAACAUGUGUGGAUGGACCAAUGAAAAGAGUGUCGAUGACUUUGACUGGACACGGCAGAGUGGGUCUACAUCAAGCACAGGAACUGGCCCAACAUUUGACCACACCUUUGGAACAGCGAAGGGAUACUACAUGUUUAUUGAGACCUCGCUUCCAAGAAAACCAGGUGACAAGGCACAACUAUUGAGUCCCAAGUAUCCUGCAACUCCUGGGAAAUGCCUGCAGUUUUGGUACCACAUGUAUGGAAGACACAUUGGAACUCUAAAUGUUCGCGUGAAACGCUUGGUUCAAGGCAGACCCACCUACUUUUUACAGUGGUCUAGAAGUGGAGACCAUGGAAACCGUUGGAGAGUGGCUCAGGUGUCUUUAACUCAAACUUCGGAUUAUCAGUUAGUAUUUGAAGGAAUAAGAGGAACCAGUUACCAAGGCGACAUAGCCAUUGAUGACGUUGUGUUAUUAGAUAACACUUGCCCGCCUCCAGGUGAUUGCAACUUUGAGACUGGCAUGUGCACUUGGGUCAAUGUUCUCCAAGGAGAUGACUUUGAUUGGCUGCGUGCGAGUGGUUCAACGACAAGUCUCAAAACUGGUCCCUCUACCGAUCACACAACCAAUUCUUCUGGAGGAUAUUACAUGUUCAUUGAAACAUCAAGUCCAGUUAAACCAAAUGAUAAAGCACGGCUGGAGUCAGAAGAGUUCCAGCCAACAGGAUCAUCAGGGCGUUGUUUAAAGUUCUGGUAUCAUAUGUAUGGAAGCGCCAUUGGAACAUUGAAUAUUUGGAUGAGCAGUAAUGGUACGUCUGGAAAGAUCUGGAGUUUAUCUGGAGAUCAAAAGAACCAGUGGCGCUUCGGGCAAGCUCCUGUUAGCAGCAAGGGUGUUUAUCAGGUUAUCUUUGAAGGUAUCAAGAGUCAAGGUUACACUGGUGAUAUUGCCAUUGAUGAUGUGCAGUUCACAGUAGGUAGCUGUAAUGUCCUGCCAUCAAGUGCUCAGCCAAAUAAUCCUUGGACCACUCCAGCAGUGUCUACUACCUCGCCCACCACAGUACCAACAGCAGCUCCUUCCAUCUAUGACUGCACAUUUGAAAGUGAUUGGUGCUCCUGGACCCAGGCACUAGAUGAUAAAUUCAACUGGACUCGAGCCCAAGGAAAGACACCUUCUCGAAAUACCGGGCCUGCUACUGACCACACCACCGGUGGCUCUGCUGGAUUCUACGUCUACAUUGAGACUUCAUUUCCUCGAAAGGCUAACGAUACAGCACGUAUUGAAAGCGCAUCAGUCCCUGCUACUCAACAGAAGUGCUUGCAGUUUUGGUAUCACAUGUAUGGCCCGCAUGUUGACACCCUGAAUGUGUACACUAAGAUAAACCAACAGCUUGGAUCGCCGGUCUGGUCAAGAAGCGGAACCCAUGGAAACAAGUGGAAGCAUGCAACUGUCUCUCUUACUGUCUCCUCGAAAUUCAAGGUGGUCUUUGAAGGCCGUCGUGGCCUCAGUUGGGCUGGCGACAUUGCUCUUGAUGACAUAUCCAUGCAGGAUGGACAAUGUCCACCACAACUUCAGUGUUCAUUUGAGGACCCUAAUCUUUGUGGCUGGAAGAAUGUCCAUGGUGAUAACUUUGACUGGACACGAGCUAAUGGUUACACAGCAAGUAUAGGAACUGGUCCAUCAUUUGACCACACAACAGGAUCAUCAAAUGGUUACUACAUGUACAUUGAAACCUCCUCUCCUCGCUCAAAGGGGCACAAAGCCUGGCUUAUAAGCCCUCAGUUCAAAUCCACCAAUGGAAGAUGCCUCCAAUUCUGGUACCACAUGUAUGGCGCAACUAUCGGUACAUUGAAUGUCCUUCUCCUGCAAAACAAAACUCGUUCCUCGCCCAUCUGGAGUCUCUCUUCCAACCAAGGCAACAUAUGGCGAAUUGCCCAGGUCACCCUUAAAAGUCCUGCUGACUUCAGUGUAAUCUUUGAAGGAGUCACAGGCACAAGCUAUACAGGAGACAUUGCAAUUGACGAUGUAGAAACCGUUGAUGGUACCUGUCCCCUCCCAGGUGAUUGUGAUUUUGAGAAUGGAUUGUGCACUUGGGUUAACUCACCGAAUAUUUUGGAAGACGAGUUUGAUUGGACAAGGGGUAGUGGUUCAACACCAAGUAAUUUUACAGGACCACCAACUGAUCACACAACAGGCACAACGAAAGGAAACUACAUGUUUAUUGAGACAUCAUACCCAAGGAAGUUCCGUGACCGUGCAAGACUAGAAAGUGAAGUCUUCGCUCCAACUCCCAGCAGUGGAAGAUGUAUGUCAUUUUGGUAUCACAUGCAAGGAGGUCAUAUUGGGUCCCUGUCAGUGUACAUGAGAGUGUAUGGACAAUCAGAGACAAAGUUAUGGUCUGUCUCUCUUGAUCAGGGAAAUAAGUGGAACUCUGCAGUAGUGCCAAUUCUCAGUGGUAAUCGCUUCUAUCAGAUCAUUUUUGAAGGGACUCGUGGAUCAUCGUACCAAGGCGACAUUGCUAUUGACGACAUUUCAUUCACGGCAACUGUUGGUAAAUGCCUGUUGUCCCCAUCUAAGGCAACACCAUUCGACUGCAACUUUGAGAGUGGUUUAUGUUCCUGGACUCAGGACAGGACUGACCAGUUUGACUGGACAAGACACAGAGGUUCUACUGGUAGUGUUCUAACCGGUCCUAGCAUUGAUCACACAUCAGGCACACUUCAAGGUUGGUAUAUAUACAUAGAGACAUCUUUUCCAAGACGACCUAAUGACACUGCUCGUGUCACCAGUCCAACAAUAAAAGGCAAUGGUUCCAGCAAAGCCAUUCACUGUGUGUCAUUCUGGUACCACAUGUAUGGUCCUCAUGUUGAUGUACUACGUCUAUACAAGAAACAGGGCUCCUCCCUUGGGAAACCUCAAUGGAUGAGACAGGGCGAUCAAGGCAAUAAGUGGGUACAAGGAGAAUACACUUUGGAGCAUGUGAAUGAUGUUCAGAUUGUUUUUGAAGCUGUUCGUGGCGUAAGUUACCGUGGUGAUAUCGCACUUGAUGAUAUUGCUAUAAGAGACGGCAGCUGUCCAACAUCAGGAAUGUGCAGCUUUGAGGCAUCUGACAUCUGUGGGUAUACACAAGACCAUGAUACUGAUGAUUUUAAUUGGGUGCGCAGUAGUGGUCCAACUUCUAGCAUUAGCACUGGACCAGUGGCAGAUCACACAUAUGGCACUUUGUAUGGCCAUUACAUGUACACAGAGGUAUCUCCCACCAGCUUACAAAAGGGUGCCAAGGCUCGUCUGCUGAGUCCAAGGUACCCAGCUACCCAGGGCUCAUGCCUGCAGUUCUGGUACCACAUGUACGGCCGUACAAUUGGAACACUCAAUGUCUAUAUUAGGGGUUUUUCUUGGUCUCAGACCAAGGUAUGGAGCAAGACUGGUAAUGAUACUAACAUCUGGAAUGUAGCUCAAGUCAGCAUCAGCAGUCGUUAUAGAUAUCAGGUUGUUUUUGAAGGAAUUAAAGGAACAAGUUAUACCGGUGAUAUCGCCAUUGAUGAUGUCAAGAUAAUGAAUGGAAGUUGUCCAACACCUGGAGAUUGUUCAUUUGACGACGGCAUGUGCACCUGGACUAACAGCCGAACAGGUGACGUCUUUGACUGGAUUAUUGGAGGUGGAGGAACACCUAGCUUCUUUACUGGACCUUCCAGUGAUCACACCACCGGCAAUGGUCAGUAUAUGUUUAUUGAGACCUCAUCUCCACGCCAGCCAGGAGAUAAUGCUUACCUGCUCAGCCAGCCAUUUGACCCAACUGUUAGUAGUGGAAGAUGCUUGAAGUUCUGGCAUCAUAUGAAAGGAGCUUCAAUUGGAACUUUGAAUGUCUAUCUGUACACUGGGAACUUCUCUACAAUGUAUCUGCUUUGGCAGAGAAAGGGCAACAAAGGUGAUAAAUGGAUGUUUGGACAACUUCCAAUACGAAGCAGCGUUAAGUACCAGGUCGUGUUUGAAGGAAUCCGCGGGAACAGUUAUGCUGGUGACAUAGCUCUAGAUGACAUCAGCUUCACUGUCAGUGCGGCAAACUGCAUAUACCAACCAUCUGAUGCCCUUCCACCUAAUAUGACAACUGCAGCACCGCCUGUAACCACCACGUCCUCUGUCAGCCCAACCACUAUAGGAAAUCAAGGAAAUGACUGUAAUUUUGAAGCUGGAAUAUGUAAGUGGACGUUUGAUUCAACUGGAAAAUUUAACUGGACUCGUCACAAGGGCUCCACAGGAUCGAGUGGGACUGGGCCAAAGUUUGAUCAUACAUUUGGCAAUACAGGAAAGGGUUGGUACAUGUAUAUCGAGACAUCAUAUCCCCGUAAACCAAAUGACACAGCUGGAUUAGUCAGCCCUGCCAUUCAGAAGUCAGGUUCAUCUGCUUGUGUCUUGUUUUGGUAUCACAUGUUUGGACCACACGUGAAUGCACUCAAUGUAUACAUGAAGGAUGGAGGCCAGGUAAAGACUUUGAUGUGGCAAAAAAUAGGUUCUCAAGCUGACGAGUGGAAACAAGGACUUGUCCAGCUGUCUCCGAGUCAAAGUUCUUACCAAGUUAUCUUUGAGGGAGUGCGUGGCUCAAGUUACCAAGGCGACAUCUCAUUGGACGAUAUAUCUUUCCAGAACAAUCAAUGUCCACCUUCUACUGAAUGUACCUUUGAGUACUUUGUGGGCUCACAGUCAUCUGUGUGUGGCUGGAAUCAAGAUCACUCUGGUGCUGAUAACUUUGACUGGACUCGCGCUAGUGGUUCCACUGCUAGUUAUCAAACAGGACCAUCAUUUGACCAUACCUAUGGAACAAAACAAGGGUUCUAUAUGUACAUCGAGACAUCUUAUCCAAGGAAAAAGGGAGACAAAGCAAGGUUUAUAAGUCCAAGGCAUGCUCCUGUGAAGGGAGGGCAGUGCUUCCAGUUCUGGUACCACAUGUAUGGCCAAGACAUUGGACAAUUGAAUGUUUACAUCAAAACAGGAGUAAAUCUGAGCAAUCCACUGUGGAUAAGGUCUGGCAACCGUGGAAAUGUUUGGAAAAUUACCCAGAUCUCCAUUACCACCAGCUCCAGUUUUAAUAUUGUCUUCGAAGGUGUUGUUGGGAAAAGCUAUCAAGGAGAUAUCGCCAUUGAUGAUCUCAAGUUAAUCAAGAGUCCAUGCCCAUAUCCAGGGGACUGUGAUUUUGAGAGUGGAAUGUGCACCUAUAGCAAUACUCAAGCUGAAGACCAGUUUGACUGGUUAAGGAAUGCAGGAACUACACCAAGCUGGCAGACAGGACCAAAGGUUGAUCAUACUCUAGGAAAUGGUUUAGGUCAUUACAUGUACAUUGAAACAUCCGCACCACGCAAGCAAGGUGAUAAGGCCCGUCUUCUCAGUGAAGAUUUUGGACCAACCACAAUCCAGGGAAGAUGUGUGAAGUUCUGGUAUCACAUGUAUGGUGCCACGAUUGGCACGCUUAGAAUUCUGGUCAAGACAGGCCCAGGAAACCAAUCAGAAACUGCCAUUUGGGAGCUUAGUGGAAACUUUGGCAACCAGUGGUAUAGUGGCCAGGCCCCUGUGACGAGUGGAGUUAUGUACCAGGUUGUAUUUGAAGCCGUUCGUGGAAAAAGCGUCAGUGGUGACAUUGCAAUUGAUGAUAUUACAUUUGUGACAUCUAAGUGCUCUGUUGUACCAUCUUUAGCAAUACCACCCACACCCCCUCCCACAACACCUCCGCCAAUCAUUAACAACUGCACUUUUGAAGGAGGAUUCUGCUCUUGGACAAACCUCAAAGGCGACAACUUUGAUUGGACAAGAAGUAGAGGUGGAACAGCGUCAUGGAGCACUGGACCAACUGUCGACCACACCCUAGGAACUGCAAAAGGUUACUACGUAUACAUUGAAACAUCUUCACCCCGUAAGUUCAAGGACAAGGCUAGGCUUAGAAGUGGGCUGAUCCAACCAACAACUGUCACCAAUGGAAGGUGCUUAAAGUUUUGGUUCCACAUGUGGGGUGACCAUGUAGACACACUGAAUGUCUACCGCAAAGUUGGUUCUUCACAAUCGAGUCUCUGGUCUCGCAAAGGCACACAGGGGAACAAGUGGCGCUACGCUCAAAUCAACCUGAUCAGUAACCAGCCCUUUUAUAUCAUAUUUGAGGGUGUUCGUGGAUGGAGCUACAGGGGAGAUAUUGCCCUUGAUGACAUUGAUGUUGCUGAUGGGCCAUGUCCGCCUCCACAGGCCUGUGAUUUUGAAACUGAUACAUGCACCUGGCAAAAUACAGGUGGAGACCAGUUUGAUUGGACACGUGACAGUGGAGGGACACCCUCUUUAGGCACAGGGCCUACCACUGAUCACACAACUGGAACAAGAAAUGGUUACUACAUGUACAUUGAGACAUCUUUACCACGCAAACUAAAUGACAAAGCAUGGUUCCUUAGUCCUCAAUAUCCUGCAGCUCCAAAUGGCAAAUGCUUAAACUUCUGGUAUCACAUGUCCGGCAGCCACAUUGGUACAAUGAAUGUUUAUAUCAAAGAUGGUUUAACCAUCGGUACCAAGGUGUGGAAUGAGACUGGCGAUCAAGGCAAUUUCUGGCUGCAUGCCAGAGCCCCCAUCAAAAUAAAUAAUAAAUUCCGGAUUGUAAUUGAAGGAAUCAGAGGACAGAGCUACAAAGGUGACAUUGCCAUUGACGACUUGAGGAUUGAUGACAGCCCGUGUCCGCCAGAAGGAAGUUGCGACUUCGAACAAAAAAGUUUCUGCACCUGGCUCAAUGUACCCAACGGAAACAGAUCAGUGGGUCUGGAUGAUUUUGAUUGGACACUGGGAAGUGGGUCAACACCAAGCUUUCGAACGGGACCAUCAAGUGACCAUACUACAGGAACAGCUGUGGGAACGUACGCAUUUAUUGAAACAUCAAGUCCACGGAACAACGGUGAAGUUGCUAGGCUGAGAAGUCGAAUAUUUUCUUCCACAACUGGGAAAUGCAUGUCAUGGUGGUUCCACAUGUAUGGUGCUACUGUUGCAAACCUGAACGUCUACAUGAAGCAAGUUGGCAAGCCAGAAUCCUUGGUUUGGAACCUCAAUGGCUCACAGGGCAAUGUCUGGAAAAAAGCAGAAGUAACGAUUACCAGCAGAACCAACUAUCAAAUGAUUUUUGAAGGUGUCACUGGAAAAGACUACCGCAGCGACAUUGCAAUAGAUGAUAUUUUGUUCUCUGAUGGCUACUGUGUAGGACUGUGUUCCUCUGUGAAUGCAUACAAACGAGUUGACUGUGGCUAUGUGGGAAUCAGUAAGGCUACAUGCGUGGGUCUGAGAAGAUGUUGUUGGGAUGACUCUGUUCCAAAUGUUCCGUACUGCUUUUAUCAUCCCAGUGCAUGCAAGAGCAUCAAUUCAGCCAAAAGGCAAGACUGUGGCUUCCUCGGAAUCACUUCUGUUCAGUGCCAGUCUCGUGGAUGUUGUUGGGACAAUUCUGUUCCUAAUGUCCCUUGGUGCUUCCAUGGACCUACUAGGCCAACACCCUUCCCCACCACACCAGCUCCGCCAACUACACUGCCUCCAACCAAAUGGGACUGCACAUUUGAGCAAGACUUUUGCAACUGGAACAACUCCAAGGAAGAUGACUUUAAUUGGAAUAGGCAGUCUGGUAAUUCACCAUCAAGUGGGACCGGUCCAUCCUCUGACCACACAACUGGAAGUCAAAAAGGUUUUUACGUGUACAUUGAGACCUCUGGGCAGUCUCCUAAUGACACCGCUGUCCUGUAUAGUCCAGCAGUUCCUACAACAUCGGGAAAACCCAACAACAUGGUUUGUUUGCAGUUCUGGUAUCACAUGUAUGGACAGCAUGUAGACACGUUGAAUUUGUUUAUGAAACGAGGGCAGCAACUUCCUCCAUCACCAAUCUGGACUAAAAGUGGAACCCAGGGUAACAGGUGGAGACUUGGGCAGAUUGCUGUGACAAGUACAACUCCAUUCCAGUUUGCCUUCCAAGGUACACGAGGAGUAAGUUACCAAGGUGACAUUGCGCUAGAUGAUAUCCGGCUGUUAGAUGGUUCCUGCCCUCAAUUGCCUUACUGUGACUUUGAGGAUCCCAAAAUCUGUGGCUUCACUCAAGAUCAGGGAGACAUCUUUGACUGGACUAAAGGAAGUGGUAACACCACCUCAAUUAAAACAGGGCCGCCUUAUGAUCACACUUACGGCACUUCUUUUGGACACUACAUGUAUACUGAGACAUCCGCGCCUCGUAAGCCAGGUGACUAUGCUCGUCUGGAGUCUCCAGCAUAUCCCGCAACUGAUGGAAAUGGAAAAUGCCUGGAGUUCUGGUACCACAUGUAUGGCAGCGGUAUUGGCAGAUUGAAUGUGUACAUCAAACGUGGCAACACGCUUGGAAAUAAAGUUUGGUUCCAAUCCGGUAACCAGGGAAACAAAUGGUUGAGAGGAAUGAUAACAGUACAGAGCCCUAACACGCAGUGGAAGGCUGUAUUUGAGGGUAUUCGAGGGCGUGGAUAUCGUGGAGACAUAGCCAUUGAUGAUACAGUUGUCAAGAAUGGUCCUUGCCCACCUCCUGGUUCUUGCGAUUUUGAGAAAGGAUUAUGCGCCUAUCAGAAUGAAUUGGCUGACGACGAUUUCGACUGGGAGAGAAAUACUGGUCACACUGGAAGUGUUGGAACUGGGCCAUCAUCUGAUCACACAACUGGCUCUGCUGUUGGUCACUAUAUGUACAUUGAAGCGUCUUCACCACGAGUGAAAGGAGAUGCUGCCAGACUUGUUUCUGAUCGAUUUAAAGUAUCCAAUGGCCAUAACUGGUGCUUGAACUUCUGGUAUCAUAUGUAUGGCAACAGUGUUGGCUCGCUUAAAGUUAAACUCAAGGUUUAUCCAUUCAACCCCAGUAAACCUUACUAUACAACCUUGUGGACGCAACAGCUAAACCAUGGAGAUGUUUGGUUGAUGGAGUACGUGCAGAUGAACAGUCCAGACAACUUUGAGAUUGUGUUUGAAGCUACAGUGGGCGCAUCAUACGAUGGUGAUAUAGCUAUUGACGAUAUUGUUGUGACAUCAGGAGUUUGUCCAACUCCUACACCCACUCCUUCACCCAACCCAUGUGCUCUGAAAUGCAAGUCUGGUACAUGCGUGAGUUCAACCAAGGUCUGUGACUUCGUCAAUGACUGUGGGUCAGGGGACAACAGUGAUGAACAGAACUGUGGAGACUGUACAUUUGAACAAGGACUCUGUGGAUGGAAUGACACCAGCAAAGGUGCAUAUGAUUGGAAUAGAGAUCGUGGAGGAACGCCGUCCAGUAACACAGGGCCAAGUGCGGAUCACACACUAGGCACUGCUCUUGGAUACUAUGUGUAUGUAGAAGCCUCUCAAGGAAGUUCAUGGGAUCUAGCCACGUUUGAGAGUACUUGGUUGAAACAGUCUUCAUCAACCUGCGUUGUUAGCUUCUGGUACCACAUGUAUGGUACUGGAAUUGGAAGUCUGUAUGGUUACGUCAAAGUUGGGCAGAUUUACAGCAGAUUGUUUGAAGAAGAUGGUAACAAAGGCAAAAAGUGGCUGCAAGGAAAACUAUAUGUGGGUCGUCAUGCUACACCCUUUAAAGUCAUCUUCGAGGCAGAGAGGAGUUAUAACGUAUUUGGUGACAUUGCCAUUGAUGAUAUAAGCUUUGUAAACUGCACCCUCCCACCAGUUGUCGGUAACUGUAAAAGAGGCCAGCAUCGCUGCGCUAGAGGCUCGUGUAUUGAUCCUUCACGCCUUUGUGAUUAUACUGAUGACUGUGGAGAUAAUUCAGACGAACUGAACUGUUACAGCUACAACUAUAGAUGUACUUUUGAGCGAUCGUUAUGUCAAUGGAAUCAAUUACCUGAUGAUGAUUUUGACUGGACUAGAAACCAAGGAUCAACAGGUUCAUAUGGGACAGGACCCAUGUUUGACCACACCUUGGGCAGCUCAGCUGGAUAUUACUUGUACUCGGAAGCCUCUUGGCCGCGUAAAAAAGGCGACAAGGCUCGACUGGCCAGUGGGUUUAUAAGCAGUCUACCUCAGGGUGACACCUCCUGCAGGCUUCGGUUCUACUUCCACAUGUUUGGACCAGAUAUUGGCUCAUUAAAUGUUUACACUCGGCCAUGUAAUGGUUGUGCUGAGACUCUUGUGUACUCAAGAUCAGGAAACGUGGGCAACUUCUGGGAUCGAGCUGAGGUUAUUCUUAAGAGUACCGUGCCAUUCCAGGUUGUUAUUGAAAGUGUCCGCGGUUCUAGCUACCAAGGAGAUAUUUCCAUCGAUGACUUAUCCAUGACGCAGUUCUGUCGAUCAUACAGUGGACCGAUCCCGACUCCUCCUCCUCCCACUACACCGGGUCCAACUACUCCAGCAUGUCCCGGAUUUAGAUUCAAGUGCUCCAGUGGCCGGUGUAUUGACCGGGGAAAUGUUUGUAACUACAAAGAUGAUUGUGGAGAUGGUUCUGAUGAAGCCAACUGUGGUGCCUGCUCAUUUGAACCUGGUCUGUGUGGUUGGAAAGACACCAGCUUAGGUGCAUACAAGUGGGACAGAAACAAGGGUACCACCAUUGUCGCAGGGACUGGACCCAGUGUCGACCACACAUGUGGCAAUGCCUCUUGUUACUAUGCAUAUGUCCACUCUGGUGCUGGUUCGUUUUUUGCUGAUGCAACUUUACAAAGUCCUAACAUGACCAGAACAGGAGCAGGUUGCAUUGUGAGCUUUUACUAUCACAUGUACACUGCAAGCGGCAGUGCCUGGACGGGAACACUCUACCUGAAACUUAAAUACAAAGGAUCAACAUCCAACCUGUUUGAAGUCUCUGGCAACAAAGGAAACCAAUGGAACAAAGCAGAAGUUGGAUUGGGUCAUCUGGAUAAAGAUUUUAGUCUUCAAUUUGUUGCAUCCAAAUUCCUCCAAGCUGCAGACAUGGCUAUUGAUGACAUCACAUUCCCAGGCUGUGCAUUAGCACCCAUUAGACCAUGCAACUCAGGGGAGUACCGCUGUACCAGAGGAUCGUGUGUCAAACCAAACCAGGUUUGUGACUUCUCUGAUGAUUGUGGUGACGAGAGUGAUGAACUACCUGCCACUUGUGCCAAGUAUAAAGAAAGAUGCAACUUUGAAAAAGAUUUGUGUACUUGGACGCAAGACACUGAUGACAUCUUUGACUGGACAAGAGACAGCGGCGGCACAUCAUCAUGGCUGACAGGACCAGGAAGAGAUCAUACCACAGGAACUACUAAGGGUUACUAUGUGUAUAUCGAGACUUCAUCCCCAAGGAAAGCAAAUGAAACUGCUCGCCUGAGCAGCGUUGUUUUCCGCCCCUCUGGGCAGAAUGACAGCUGCUACAUGCGUUUCUGGUACCACAUGUUUGGUAAAGAUGUUGAUACACUGAGCAUCAGGUUUAGGACAUCUGUCACAGGACCAUUGAGGACCAUUUGGAACAGAACAGGUGAACAAGGUGACAUCUGGAGACGAGCGGAGAUCCCUCUGGUUAGCGCAGUAAACUACCAAGUAGUAAUUGAAGGCCUCAGCGGUCCUGGAUAUCAGGGAGACAUCGCUUUGGAUGACAUCUCAUUUACACCAAACUGUCGACCAGAUACAGGUGCAACCAUUUCUCCUAUUCCACCAAGUGGAACACCACCUCCAGGCUGUAACUCAGGGCAAUACAGGUGUACCAGUAACGGACAAUGCAUUGACAUCAACAAAGUCUGUGAUUUCCGUACUGACUGUUCAGAUCAGUCAGAUGAGGCCAAUUGCCCGACAACAUGUAACUUUGAAAAGGGAUACUGUAAAUGGACAAAUCCUCAGGUUGGAGACCACUAUGACUGGAUUCGUAACAAGGGCAAAACCCCUUCAAAACUCACUGGGCCUUCUACUGAUCAUACAUACAACACAUCAGCAGGUUACUAUGUGUACACUGAAGUAACCAAUCGUACCGCCAUCUUUGCUGAUGCACACUUGGUCAGUCCAUUCUUCCGGCAGGCCGGUAAAACAUGUAAAUUCCAGUUCUGGUACCACAUGUGGGGUCGAAAUAUUGGAUAUCUUCAAGUCUAUUACCGCCGAAAUUCACGUGACAAACGACUCUUCAAUAUAUUUGGCAACCGGGGCAACCAGUGGAACAAGGGAAUGGUGGACAUUCCUAAGUGUGCUAGUGAUUUCCAGAUUGUCGUCAUGGCAAAACAUUAUUCCAGUGGAACUCUUGGUGAUAUAGCUGUGGAUGAUGUCAGUUUUGUCAACUGUAUGCAGCCUUUGCCACCCAGCAGUUGCAGUGGAAAUUCAUUCAGGUGUGCCAGUGGACACUGCAUUGACCAGUCGGCAAAAUGUGAUUUUGAACCAGACUGCUGCGAUGGCUCAGAGGAGAGUAAUUCUACAUGUGUUAAAUACAACAGGUGCAACUUUGAGGCAGGCCUCUGUGACUACAUGCAACUUGCAAAUGACACGUUCAACUGGAAACGACAAACGGGAAGAACAGGAUCCUUUGGAACAGGACCAUCAUUUGAUCAUACCACCCAGACCUCCAAUGGCUAUUACAUGUACAUUGAAGCUUCAUCUCCACGUAAAAAGGGCGACAAUGCUAUGAUUGGAAGUGCUGUCUUUACACCUACAAGCACGUGCAAGGUACGAUUCUUCUACCACAUGUAUGGGCGCCAUAUUGGAACAUUGAAUGUCUACACCAGAACAAGCACCACUGGAUCAAUGAACAAGAUUUGGACUAAAACAGGAGACCAAGGAGACAAAUGGGUGAAAGCAACAGCUAGUAUUAGUGUCUCAAAGAACUUCCAGGUCAUUUUUGAAGCAGUUGUUGGCAUAUCCUAUCAAGGAGACAUUGCUAUUGAUGACAUUUCAUUCACUGAUACAUGUAUUGUUGGUGGAAAUAUUCCUGGUCUUCCAACACCAUCACCUACUCCAACAUCGCCAUCACGAUUCAAAUGUUCAAGUGGCUCCCCAAGCUCUAUUGACCUGAAAAAGAAGUGUGAUUUCAGCAAAGACUGCAGUGACAAUUCAGACGAGACAUCUUGUGGCUGGCCAUGUGACUUCCAGAAAGACAUGUGUGGCUGGACUAAUUCCAAUCUAGACAACUUUGACUGGCGACGUCAUAAAGGCUGUACUGGAAGUCUUAAUACAGGUCCAUGUGUGGAUGCGGAUAAGAGUGCCAGUGGUUACUACUUAUACAUCGAGACAUCAACAGGUCUGAUAGGAAACAAAGCUAUCCUGAUAAGUCCUCAGUUCCAGCAGGCCUACAGCACUUGUCAGCUGAAGUUCUCAUACCACAUGUAUGGAUCUACUAUUGGCAGUUUGACUGUGUACCUCAGUGAUGGCGUCAGCAGGACUAGGAUGUGGAGCUUAAGUGGCAAUCAAGGGAACAAGUGGUUUGACACAAAUGUUUCAAUUGGACGUCGAAAGACUGCUUUUACAAUCGAGUUUGAAGCAAAGCGUGGACUUUCAUGGAGUGGUGACAUCGCAAUAGACUCUGUCUCCAUGAUUAACUGUGAGAAACCAUCACAGUGCAUUGGUCAAAUACCAUCAGAUUCCCUAAGGUGCUCAAAUGGUGCUUGUAUCAAGAAGAGCAAGGUUUGCGAUUUUUCUGACGACUGUGGAGACAACUCUGAUGAAGGCUCAUGUGGUAGCUACUUGGCACGUUGUAACUUUGAACAAGACCUGUGCACCUGGAAACAACAAACUGACGAUGAAUUCAACUGGACCAGGAGGAAGGGUCAAACUCCGUCUGUCUCAACUGGGCCGGCCAGAGAUCAUACUUUGGGUACCCUGGCAGGCUAUUAUUUGUACAUCGAGACGUCUGGACAGAAGUUUGGUGACCGUGCUAGGCUUGGCAGCCCAAAUCUUUCAGGGCAGUGUGCUCUACGCAUGUUCUAUCACAUGUUUGGUCAGCAUGUCAAUGCUCUUGUGGUGUACAUGCGUACUACGUCAAAUGGCCCGCUCACAAGAGUUGCGAAUGUAUCUGGCAAUAUUGGAGAUAACUGGAUUCGGCAAGAAAUCAAAGUCAACAAUGGCAAACAGCCAUACCAAGUUGUUAUUGAGGGUAUCAGAGGCAAGGGCUACAGGGGAGACAUUGCUAUUGACGAUCUUAGCAUUGCUCUUAAGCCGAGCUGUAGUUUGUAUAGUGGAUCACUGCCAGCGGCAGGCUCCACUGUUGCACCUGUCACCACAGCAGCCCCCAACAACUGCUUAGUAUCUCAGUUUGCCUGCGUUGGUAACGGCAAUUGUAUUCAGCUUGGCCAGGUCUGCGACUUCAACUUGGACUGUGAUGAUGGCUCUGAUGAAAGAUCUUGCCCUACCGUUUGCACAUUUGAGAAAAACCAGUGUGGCUGGGUGAACACCGACAGAGACAACUUUGACUGGCAGCGCAAGCAAGGCAGAACUCCAAGCAUUGGAACAGGCCCCUCUGUUGACCACACAACUGGAACAAAUCUAGGUUAUUACUUGUAUAUAGAGACUUCAUUUGGCAGUGUUGGUGACCGUGCCAGGCUGGUCAGUCCUCUUUUCCAAAAGGCUCAUGCCAACUGCAAGAUGACAUUCUGGUACCACAUGUAUGGUUCAUCCAUUGGCUCUCUCAAUGUCUACCUAAAUGUUAGCAAUAGAUUGACUCUUUGGUGGCGGAAGUCUGGUAGCAAGGGCAAUGUGUGGAAACAGGGGAUGGUGGGAAUCGGGAAGAAAACCCGGCCUUUCCAAGUUCUCUUCCAAGGCACACGAGGCCGAUCCUACUCUGGGGACAUAGCUGUGGAUGAUAUUCAGUUUGUUGAUUGCGCACUUCCUCCGGUUGCAAAGAGUUGUCCAGAAUUCACCUGUACCCGGAAAUCUUGUGUGAAAAAUGACUAUGUCUGCGAUUAUAACGACGACUGUGGGGACAACUCUGAUGAAAGAGCCUGUGGUGCUUACGCCACACGAUGUGAUUUUAGUCAAGGACCUUGCGAUUGGACUCAGAGUACUGAGGAUGACUUUGAUUGGUUACGAAGGCGGGGUGCAACAGCCUCGUGGAACACUGGCCCACCAUCAGAUCACACCACACAGAAUGGCUACUACAUGUACAUUGAAACCUCGUGGCCUCGUAAAUAUGGUGACAAAGCAUGGAUGGUGAGCCGAAACUUCCAAGCAAUAGCUUUUGGCUCACCUCCUUGUAAACUUCGCUUCUUUUAUCACAUGUAUGGCGACUCAGCAGAGAAACUGACUGUUUAUAUCAGGAAUUACCAGAAUGGCACUGCUCAGCAAAAAGUGUGGAGCCAAGUGGGCUCACAGGGUGCGAUGUGGAACAGGGCAGUGGUGCAGUUGUCUUCCAACAAAAACUUCCAGGUGAUAUUUGAAGGUGUUCGUGGUGACAGCUAUACUGGUGACAUUGGUUUGGAUGAUGUGUCCUUCACUACUGGCUGUAAUACAUUUGGUGGAAAUCUCCCGGUAGCUCCACCACCCACCCCAACUGCUCAGCCAGCAACCACAAGUCCACAUCAGUGUAGCAGUGCAGAGUUCAAUUGUGCCAAACAGGGCCCUGCUGCAUGCAUCCUUAGUACACAGGUAUGCAACUUCCAAAACGAUUGUCAAGAUGGUUCAGAUGAAGGAAAGUGUGUUAACUCUCGCUGUACAUUUGACAGUGGUGACCUCUGUAAUUGGUAUGUAGAUAACCCCACUCGCAAGCGACGUGAUGUAGGAUAUACCUGGCUGGCCCAGCAGGGAUCUACAGGCACUGCUGGAACGGGACCCACCAAAGACCACACAACAGGAAGCGUAGCUGGCUGGUAUAUCUAUGCAGAAAGCUCUGGUGGCUCAGCUGACGAUAGGGCACCAUUGACAACACCUAGGAUUGGACAAACAGGACCACAGUGCGUCCUAUCUUUCUGGUACCACAUGCGUGGCUCAGAUGUUGGAACACUCUCAGUGAAACUUGCCUUCCCGGACGGAACGAAACCGACUAUAUGGAGCAAAACUGGAAACCAGGGCGACAAAUGGCAGAACAGCCGUCUGGUCAUUGGCUCGAGGCAACUCUUCAAGGUUAUCUUUGAAGCGAGGAAAAAUUCUGGUUACAAAGGUGAUAUCGCUUUGGAUGAUGUUGAAUUCCUAAAAUGUCAGCCAUUGGACACCACUAAGAAGUGCACUGCCGAUCAAUUCCAGUGUGCUCAAGGUGGAUGUAUUCCUGUGACUUCUCUGUGUGACUUCAAUGCUGACUGUAUGUCUGGUGAUGUAUCGGAUGAGACUAGCUGUGCUGCGUAUCAAUCUGGACAGUGUGAUUUUGAGCAUGGCUUGUGCCUGUACUCACAGAGCUAUGACGACAAGUUUGACUGGACUGUGGCUACUGCUGGAACAUAUUCGUAUGGUACCGGCCCCUCCUUUGACCAUACAACCAUGACAAACAAAGGUCGCUAUAUGUACAUUGAGACAUCAUGGCCACGUAAACCGGGAGACAAUGCUCGUUUCAACUCACCGAUCCUAAAGAGUACCUCUUCUAACUGCUACCUGCGAUUCUACUACCACAUGAAGGGUAACCAUAUUGGUAGCCUGCUCGUUCGCAUCCGCACAAGCUACUAUUCAGGAGGCAUCAACAGUCCUCUGUUGAACAUUACCGGAGCUCAAGGUGACUUCUGGUAUCGUGCCAUGGUGCGAGCUCCAUACAGUCGUGACGACUUCCAGUUUGUGAUUGAAGGUGUACGAGGAAGUGGUUACCAGGGUGACAUUGCUAUUGAUGACGUUUCGCUGACAACUGGCUGUCAGAUAUGCAAAGACUGUACCAUGCCAGGUCAACCAACAUCGACUCCAUUUGGUUUUCACACGCGGCCAACUGGUUCAUCUUGUGGUCUACAGCAGUAUGUGUGUAAGAACCUCAGAUGCGUUGACAAAGCUCAAAUAUGUAACUUCCAAGACGAUUGUGGAGACAACUCAGACGAAAUUCCUUGUGGCUCAAAUUGUACAUUUGAGGGUGAUUGCUAUAAGGGCUGGAGACAGUCUGCAGGAUCUGACAACUUUAACUGGAAGAGGAAAAAUGGAAAGACACCGAGUGUGGGGACAGGACCCAGCGCUGAUCACACCCUGGGAACACCGCAGGGAUACUACAUGUACAUUGAAACAUCUUCUGGCAGUGUAGGAGACAAAGCAGAGCUUACAUCAUACAGGUAUUUUGUGUCAAGCCCUAACUGCAGGAUGACACUUUGGUAUCAUAUGUUUGGAUCAGGGGUUGGACAAUUGGACGUCAAGAUAAAGAAAUCGGAUGGAACCUAUGAGCUCAAAUACUCCGUGGCUCAAUCUCAGGGUAACAACUGGAAAAAGACGACGAUUGAUAUUGGUACAUACAAGGACUUUGUGAUCAUCAUCCAAGCUACUCGUGGAUCGAGCUGGCAGGGCGAUAUUGCUAUAGAUGACAUAUCUUUCAGCAACUGCUUUGCGGAUGUUGCCAGGAACUGUACUCAGAGUGAAGUCAAAUGUGCCGAUAGUGGCCAUUGUGUAACGGAACAAAGAGUCUGCGAUCAUGUUAAGGACUGUAAGGAUGGCACUGAUGAAAGCUCAGCACUCUGCUCCAGUCGUAAAGCAAGUUGUGACUUUGAAAUCAACUGGUGUAACUGGUUUAACUAUUGGUCUGAUGAUUUUAAUUGGUUGCGUGGAAGUGCCAUCGGAACAACCGGAACAGGUCCAACAGGAGACCAUACCACAGGAACUGGUUAUUUCUUGUACAUGGAUUCAUCAAGCCCCAGGCAACUGCUUGACCGCACGAGGCUGGCCCACCGUAAUUUGUUCCCUGCUGGUCGCGGAGUAUGUACUCUAAGAUUUUACUACAACAUGUACGGGUCAAAGCUGAUGGGUUAUCUCAAGGUGUACCUGUUGACGUCGGGCUACAGUCGCUGGGCAGAAGUUUGGAAAACAAGAGGUGAUCCAACCAAUAGGAACUGGGUUCGUGCUGAGGUUCAGUUGAACUCGGGCUCUUCCUUCAGGGUUGGAUUUGAAGGUAUUGUUGGAGGAGAUGACAAGACAGAUAUUGCUUUGGACGAUAUCAGCUUUUCAGCUGGCUGUUACAAGGGAGGUAGCCCUCCAGCUCCAACAGGCUCUGCACAAUGUGCCAGCAAUGAGUUCUACUGUAAAGCAGAUGACUUGUGCAUCAACAUCAACUGGAAAUGCGACGGAGAAAGAGAUUGCACAGAUGGCGCUGAUGAGGAUCCGCUAAAGUGUCCGUCUUCUACACAGCAACCUACUCCGCCUGCAGGGUCAUCCCAUCCUGGAGACUGCGACUUCGAUAAAGACAUGUGUCUCUGGAAGUCUGCCACGUUCGCAGAUUUGACAUGGACACGAAAUAAGGGCCAGACACCCAGCUAUCAGACCGGCCCAGAUGGCGAUCACCCGUCAGGUUCAGGAUACUAUGUUUACGCUGAAACCUCUGGCUAUUAUUUGGGCCACUUUGGAGAACUUUUGGGUCCCAACUUACGGCAAUCUGCGACUUGCCAGAUCUACUUCUGUUAUAACAUGAACGGCAAAGACAUGGGAACCCUAAAUAUCUACCAGCGCUUUACAGAUGAUCCCAAACCUGAUCAGACACAGAAGAGAGUCUGGACGAGGAGUGGCGAUCAGGGAAACAAAUGGCGCUGUACUUACGUUAACAUCCCAAGUAAGAGGCAGUACUCCAUUGUGUUUGAAGCUGUUCGUGGUAAUGGCUAUCGCUCUGACAUCGCUAUUGAUGACAUCAAGUUUGUUUACUGUUCUGCUCUUGGACCCACUCCUGGCCCAACACCUAGCCCCAAGCCUAAUCUGAUGGAUGAAGAUUUUGAGGACUGCGUCAGUUGCUGGGUCAACGAAAACGAUGGCCAUGACCAAAUGGAUUGGAUUAUCGGACGCGGAGAAACUGCCAGUCUGGGUACUGGUCCCUCCUACGAUCACACCAAUAAGAGCAUAUAUGGACGAUACCUGUACAUUGAUGCAUCCAGCAUUACCAGGCCCGGAUGGAAUCACGCUGAUUUGGAGAGCAGGCUGCUUGUCGUGCAACGACGGUGUUACAUGUCUUUCUGGUACCAUAUGUAUGGCUCUGGGGUGGGUUCCCUGUGGAUUGUGGCCUAUGUGUAUAAUGAUCCCAAAAAUCUGGUUGAUCAUAAACAAGUCGAUCUAUGGUACAUGAGAGGUAACCGCGGUAAUAAAUGGCAGCCUGGAAUGGUGAGCUUAUUCAAUCCAGAAACAGCAAACAAGACAUCCAAAAUAGUGAUCAGUGGAAUUAGAGGAACGGACUUCAGUGGAGAUAUAGCAAUUGACGACAUCCAAUUCCACAAUUGUGACUUUAAGGAUGCUUUAACACCGUGCACAGAGAGGUUUCCCAAGUGUAAUGAUCAACCUUUCACCCGGCCAACACUGGGUCCAUUGACUGGUAACUGCAAUUUUGAACAAGGCAGCUGUCACUGGAAUAACACAGCCGUAAGUGAUAUGCCGUGGUAUCUAAGAGAGGGAGCAACAGGAAGUGCAAACACUGGUCCUGACAUAGAUCACACCACAGGCACCUCAAGCGGAUACUACAUGCAUAUUGAAGCCAGUUACUACGUCAAAGGUUCCCUGGCUAUCCUGGAGGGUCCUUACAUGAUGCCGACCAAAAAUUGUAAAAUGACAUUCUACUACCACAUGUUUGGUGGUGACUGCGGCUCACUGCUUGUCUACAUCAACAGUGGUGAUGACGUUCGGCUGGUAUUCAAUCGGACGGGUCCUCGGGGGAAAAACUGGUUGAAAGGAGACGUACAAUUAACGAGCGACUAUGCCUUCCGAGUUCACAUCACUGCUUCGCGAGGAAAUAGUUACAAAGGCGACAUAGCAAUUGAUGACAUUUCAUUUCAGGGUCAAUGCUUAUUCACAGAUGACAAUGCGUUGAGGUAUGGCGACAAAGCUUUAAAUACAGGCUGCUCGGAUGGUGCACGAGAAGGUUUCUUCACUCACCCUACUGUAGCAGGCUGUAAGGGCUGGUGGCAAGGUCGCAAGAACCUUAGAGCCCAACCCUCCUCUGCUGGAGCCAAAUGCGGAGAUGACGUCGGAAACUUGGGUCGUUCCUGCAGUCAGCCAGCUGACUUGUGCCAGACAGGGUGGCAUGUCUGUGGAACGUUUGGAGACGUUUUUGAAAUUGACAACCGAACAAAUGGAAUCGACUGUCAAAGGGCUGGCUAUGGCCAUUUCAGUGCCGGUAUCAACCACUGUAAGACCAACAGUGGGGGAGGUGAUGGCUGCAAACGAGUGGUGCCCAGAGUUGAUUAUGGGUGUGGCCAAUACCACGAAAGUUGCUCAGAACCCCUGUGUUGUGGCGCUACUUGCCAAGGCCCAGACUCCUGUGAUUCAGGUGUGUUCAAGGGAAUGACUCGCUACACUGCUGCUGCUGGCAGUCUGGAAGGUUGUUCAUUCAUGUCAGCUGGUAAUGCCGGUGGGAUCAUGUGCUGCAAAGAUGACAGUACUACCCCCACCUUCCCACCAACAUCUGUACCUACUGGCGGGGCGUGUGACUUUGAAGGAGGCAUGUGCAAUUGGAUUGUUAACCAGUUAACACCGGGAAAGUUUACUCGUCGCAGAGGAGAGACGCCGAGCCGAAACACUGGUCCACGUUACGACAACACCAAACAAGAUUCAACAGGGUAUUACCUGUAUAUGGAUGCAACAAAUUUAAAUCCCAAAGACACAGCGGAAGUGUCAUAUCACUUUUCGGACGUGUCACAGUCGUACUGUCAGAUCAACUUCUUCUAUUUUAUGUAUGGCGCUGGUCUGGGUGUUUUACGUUUGAUAGUAAAGCCAAAAGGUGGACAAAGCGAAGAGGUUUGGAAGGUUGCUGGAAAUCAGGGUGAUGGCUGGAUUAGGGGUGUGCACAACUUCAGCGAUCUUAUCAAGAACAAGACGUCUUUUACAGUCACCUUUGAAGCAGAACGUGGCCCGACCGAUGAGAGCGAUAUUGCCAUCGACGACAUCACACUUACACCAUGUACCCAUGUGAACACAGGUCAGUGUAGGCGAGACCAGUUCCGAUGCAGAAGUGGUGAAUGCAUCAAAUCAAGCUUCGUUUGUGACCGUUUCCCAGAUUGUUUAGAUCAUUCAGAUGAAGGAGCAAACGCCAACUGCCCGAACCGAGAUUGUGGUAAUCUCCAGAUAUACUGUCCAAAGAAUGAUAAAUGUCUGAACAAGUCUUCGCAGUGCGAUGGCAAGAAAGACUGUGAUGACUGGAGCGAUGAGGCACAUUGUGCAUGUACUCAGGGAUAUUGUGUCAAUGGAAAGUGCCAGUUAGACAACCAGGGACGCCCAGACUGUGUUUGCAACGCUAAUUACGCUGGUACGAGAUGUCAAAAUUGCACCAAUUGUAAGUGUCCUGCCGAUCAGAUUCAGUGUAAAGUGGGUCAGUGGUUCUGCGCAAAGAAAGCCGACAUCUGUAAUGGAAUAGUGAAGUGUGGUCUCAGUCCAGAUGACUUUGUAAAACUUUGCAAUGAAUGUGCGGCAAAUUACUGUUCUCAUGGUGGAACAUGUUACAUGGAUAAUGGAAAGCCGGCCUGCAAUUGUCCAUCUGGUUAUGUGGGCAAACGAUGCGAGCAGUGCGAUAGCUCGAAAUCUCUGGUGGCUUGUGGCACAAAUGGACCGUGUGUCAAGAUAAAUGAUGUCUGCAACAAACAAAGAACGUGUCCAUUUACUCCAAAAGAGAUCAUCAAUCUCUGCGGAGAUUGCUCACCUUCGGAUGUCUGUGCAAAUGGAUGGUGCGCGUUCGAUAAAUCUGGCUUCAGGAUUUGUAUUUGUCCAUUUGAAUACAAUGGGGUUAAGUGUGAUAAGAAGAUUCCAAAUAACUGUACAAAUCAGUCGCCAGCUUUACAGCCGUGCUCAGGAAAAUGUGUCAGUAAAGAAUCCAUUUGUUCUCGCAACAAAACUUGCAGUUACUCGGAUAAGCAGAUUGACUACAACUGUGGAGGAUGUUUCGACCAAUAUUGUUUGAACGGCGGCACUUGUAUCCAGAAAGAAAAUCAACUGAGAUCGUGCAAAUGCCCUGGUGCGUGGACUGGCGAUCGAUGUCAAAUUUCACCACCCCCACAACCAACUGCUGGUAAACAACAAGGUGGACCUAAGAGUAAAUCAUCAGUUUACAUCGGAGUGGGUGUUGCAGCAGGAAUUAUUUUGAUAGUCGUUGUUCUUGUGGUGGCCUACUUUGUGAUGAAGAGCAAAAAGAAGAAGCUCACUCUCUUCUCUGUGUUUUACGACCCCACAAAUAAAGACACAUCACAGAUAAGGAAAGGCAAAGGAGAAAUUGAAAUGGCCGAGGGUGUUGGGAACCCUGUGUAUGAUUCUUUCAACGAAGGACAACCACUUGAGGAAUUUCACAUGAGUGACGUUGACACCAACAUGUUUGCUUCAGACGAUGCUUUUGGUAUUUCGUCGGAAAAAGGUGGGGCCACAUCAAUGGCGAACCCGCUGUACCAAGAUCCGUACCUUGAAGAAGACCUCAGCAAGUAUUGAACACAGGAACACCAACAACACAAAUACCGGAAGUAACACCUUGACUGUGCUUUUAGAAUUAGAACAUUUUCGUAAAUCCUUGUAGGUUGUAAAGUAGAUAGUACUUUUGUUAUAGUAACUAGUGAUUAUUGAUACCUCAGGCAAUCAGCUGACCAGGGAAUAUACUUUAAAAUGUGAUUAAGUUUCUUACGGUAGGGGUUUCCUUAUUGUUUAACCGCAUUGUCAUAUAUCUUAACUAGGACGGUAUUUUUUAUUACGUGAAGUAACAUAAUGAAUUUCUUAAUAUUAUCCUUAGUAAGACUGCCUUUGUUUCAACGCAAUGGAGCUAUCAUGUUUUGUAUAGUACCGACUCGCUUUUAACACAGCAUAGUAUUUUUGUAAUACUGCUCGGAAGUCCAUGUUAAGUUACAUUUAGUUUUAAGGUUCUAAUAUAGAUGACUGACUUGACAAGGUCUAUCAGAUCGAGAUAAUUUUAAGUUGCUGUAAUGAUCAUUUAAAUAUACCUUCUCAAUAAACUACUCUUAUUUCGUAA